AACAUGCAGGGACUCCUCCUGGCCACCUUUCUCCUGGCAGCCCUGUCACAGUUCUGCUGCAGGGCACAGGGCACCGGGCCAUUAGAUGUGACUCCUGAAAGAAGGCCUGGAGAAGCAUCAGAAGUUCAGCAUCGUAAACAGGUCUGUCACUGGCCCUGUAGAUGUCCUCAGAAGCCCAGUUGCCCUCCUGGAGUGAGCUUGGUGAGGGAUGGCUGUGGAUGCUGUAAAAUCUGUGCCAAGCAACCAGGGGACAUCUGCAAUGAAGCUGCCCUCUGCGAUCCACACAAAGGACUGUACUGUGACUACUCAGCAGACAGGCCUAGGUACGAGACCGGAGUGUGUGCAUAUCUUGUGGCUGUGGGAUGCGAGUUCAACAGGGUACAUUAUCAUAAUGGCCAAGUGUUUCAGCCCAACCCCCUGUUUAGCUGCCUCUGUGUGAGUGGGGCCAUUGGAUGUACCCCUUUGUUCAUACCAAAGCUGGCUGACAGUCACUGCUCUGGGGCUAAAGGUGGAAAGAAGUCUGAUCAACCAAACUGUGGCCUGGGACCAUUACAACAGCAGCUCUCAACAACCUACAAAACAAUGCCAGCUUAUAGGACUCUCCCACUUAUUUGGAAAAGAAAAUGUCUUAUUCAAGCUACAAAGUGGACCCCUUGCUCCAGAACAUGUGGGAUGGGAAUUUCUAACAGGGUAACCAAUGAAAAUAACAAGUGCCAACUGAGAACAGAGAAAAGACUGUGCUAUAUUCAGCCUUGUGACAGUAAUAUACUAAAGACAGUACAGAUCCCCAAAGGAAAAACGUGCCAACCUACUUUCCAACUCUUCAAAGCUGAAAAAUUUGUCCUCUCUGGAUGUUCAAGCACCCAGAGUUAUAAACCCACUUUCUGUGGACUAUGCAUGGAUAAGAGAUGCUGUGUGCCUAAUAAGUCUAAGAUGAUUACCAUUCAAUUUGAUUGCCCAAAUGAAGGGUCAUUUAAAUGGAAGAUGCUGUGGGUCACAUCUUGUGUAUGUCAGAGAAACUGCAGAGAUUCGGGAGAUAUAUUUUCUGAGCUCAAGAUUCUCUAA